AUGUAUCUGGCCCAGAGCACGCGGCCGGAUAUCCUGUUCGCGGUCAACACCCUGAGCCGGUUCAACCGGAACCCGGGACCGAAGCACUGGAAUGCGGUGAAGCACCUGCUGCGAUACCUUCGCGGCACAGCUACGCGCAGGCUGGAGUACAAGCGGGACGCUGAGUCGGAGAUUGUCGGCUACUGCGAUGCUGACUGGGGAUCGGACCCGGACGAGCGCAAGUCCACAAGCGGAUACAUUUUCCUGGCGCAAGGAGGAGCGAUUUCGUGGUCCUGCAAAAAACAGCCCACGGUGGCGCUCUCGACGUGCGAAGCCGAGUACAUGGCGGUGUCUGCGGCUGUCCAGGAAGCGUCGUGGUGGCGCGGGAUUUCAACGCUGUUCGGAUCCAACCAACCGAUCGAAAUUCGGUGCGACAACCAAAGUUGUAUCGCCAUCGCCAAGAACGGUGGCUACAACCCCCGCACGAAGCACAUCGACAUCCGGCAUCACUACAUCCGGGAUUCCUUGGAGCAAGGUGUGGUGAAGUUGGAGUAUGUGAGCACGGACAACCAGAUUGCCGAUGGACUCACGAAGCCGUUGCAGAGGACGAAGCUGGAGGAGAACAGGAGUUCUAUGGGCAUCACUUCUACUUCAGGAGGAGUGUUGAAUUGGAAGUAA